GCCUGCGUCUACACCAGCUGCUACUGUGAAGAAAACGUUUGGAAGCUGUGCGACUACAUCCGAAGCCAGGAUCAGUAUCCCCUGGAGGAAUUCUAUGCGGUUUUCAUCUCCAACGAGAGGAGGAUGAUUCCCCUAUGGAAGCAGAAAUCUGGACAUGGAGAUGAACCUGUUGUCUGGGACUACCAUGUUAUUUUGCUUCAUGUUUCAAGUGGGGAGCAGAAUUUCAUAUAUGACCUGGACACGGUGUUGCCAUUUCCAUGCUCCUUUGAUGUGUAUAGUGCGGAGGCCUUUAGGCUGGAUGACUGCCUGCGCCCAGAGUUUCAAAGGAAAAUCAGAAUGAUUCGAGCAGAUUUAUACUUGAGGACAUUUGCUUCAGACCGUUCUCAUAUGAAAGAUGCCAAUGGCAAGUGGCAGAAACCUCCUCCUUCCUACCCUUGCAUUGAAACUGCAGACUCCAAGAUGAACUUGGAUGAUUUCAUCAGUAUGAAUCCCGGAGUAGGAUGGGGCUCAGUGUUCCCCCUGACGGACUUUGUGCAUCGGUUUGGCAGACAGAUGAUUCCAGCUGUUCCCUGAGAGGGCA